GUCGUUGCUAUGGCAACACAAAACACGUUGCCAAGGACUUGUUGCGCGCUGCAAAUUCCCCUGCUUGGUUGCUCAACUUUUUAAUAAAAUAGCACAGAUGGAAUAAGAAGUUUCUGUCGGCCAUUUUCUCAAAGCCAUGAUAGCGGAGUCGAGGGUUCCAAAGCCAAUUGGAUCAGACACACAAUGGAAGUCGUCAAUCACUUUGAACAAUGUCAAACAUUCACGUAGCGAACAGAAGCACCAGCGGCAUGCAUUCAGUUAUGGAAGCAACUUCUUGGGACUGGAAACAAAGACAGAACUGGUCUGGGAGGACUGGAAUGAGGGGAGAGAAUUCACCAAGUUUCUAGUGUUAAAGAAUAUUGGCCUCAAGAUUCAAAAGCUUCAGUUGAGACCUCCGGUGUCCAAAUUCUUCACCAUCUCUGUCUCACGGAUCAUUGCCAUCAGCCCAGGAACUUCAUUCUCCAUACCAGUCACAUUUACACCAUUCGAAAGGUGUAACUAUGAAGACAGUAUUGAGUUCCAGAGUAAAAGUGGCAGCUUCCAAGUGUUCCUUCAGGCUAUUGCUCCCUGUCCUGCCUUGGAAGUUCCAGACACUGUACUCCUUCCACUUUGUGCUGUUCAUCAGUCUGCUUCUGCUGUCUUUCUCUUAAAAAAUAUGAGCAAACUCCGUACAUACUUCAAGUGGGAGUGUUCAGAACCUUUCCAAGUGAGUCCAGUCCAAGGUGUGCUGCAACCCAGCCAGGUGCAUCACAUUACCGUCUUGUUCCAACCCCAGUCGGCACUCUUGUUUCAUAAACAUGCCUAUUGCAACUUUGGAGAAGAAGGAGGCGAGACAAACAGCUGCUGCACAGUGCUUCUUCAGGGAGUUGCCAAGUACCCAUGUCUUUACCUGAGAAGCCCAAACCCCGAGAGUAAAAAUGAUCCUAGUUGUUCAGAGCUUAACUUUGGAUCCGUCCCAAUUGGAAAAAGUGUACAAAAGGGGUUUGACAUAUAUAAUCCCUCACAUGUAACAGCAUUUUUCUCUUUGACACGUCUUUCUGGAGGCCUGCCUUUGUUAGGGUCUGAGUUCAUCUGUGACAUCAACAGCGGUAAUGUUGCCCCAGGUGAAACCGUGUCAGCUAAAGUCACCUUUGUACCUACUGUUGCUGAUUCUGUCUCUGUUGAGUAUUUGACAAUAGAGUGCAAAGGGGCGCUCAACCAAACAGUGCUUAAGCUCACUGGAGACAGUGCAGGUCCUAAAUUGUCAUUGUCUUCAUCUGUGGUUGACUUUGGCUGUAUUAAGGAAGGCGAUACAUGCUCACAGACAAUUGAGAUGGUUAAUUCAUCAUCUGCUGAGGCAACAUAUCAAUGGGAUCUUGACUGCACUGGGCACAGUGUGUUCAGCAUUCAACCACAGUGUGGUAUCGUUAAACAACAGAGCAGUGUAAAGCUGCAUAUAUCCUACCUCCCCACUAUGCCUAUUGCAUAUCACAGAAGUGUAUCUUGUUUAAUACUUCAGGCGGAACCUUUGUUCCUUGACCUGAUUGGAACCUGUUACUCAGAUGUCCAGGAACCAGCUGUUUUGACACAAGAACAUUUGUCAGAGAUCAAAAAGGAACCGUCUGAAAUCAUUAGUGCUUUGCUGCGAAGCUAUAGCACGCAAUCGGACACACAGGCACUCUGCUUUCCUGUGGAUGAGCGAUCAAGCCGACAACUAGAUUGCUCGAGUGUGACGUUCAGCACUCCUAGGGAAGACAAUGACAGACACUGCUCCACCUGGGAGGUGGAUUCACUUCCGACCGCUUUAUCUUCACCACCAACACAAGUAUCUGUGGUCCCCAGUGAGCUGCUGUUUCAUCACAACAGUUCUUCCGGCUUGUCUUCUUCGUUUACGCUCUCUAAGGCUGUCACCAUCACCAACAACACCUCUGUGAAAAUCACCCUGGUGUGGACCAAUGCCCGAAACUCUCCAUUCUCCAUCUCUCCAAUAAAAACUGACCUGUCCCCACUAAAGUCCACGUCAUUCCGAGUGUCAUAUAAUCCGAAAGAGCCAAAUACAUUACAUGGAGCUCAACUUGAAUGCUUGGCUGUUAAAGUAAUGCAGCAGACCACGUCUGACGAGGAUGAGGCACCUAUAUGUCCACCCUGGUGUGUCAUUGUCAGAGUGAUUGGCCAUUCCUUUGAACUCGGCAAAGAGCACUUUUACCCAUGCUGCUCUCUUGAGCCAAAUCAAUUGCUGUUUUCAGGGCUGAGUGUUCAAUCCUAUCAGACAGUGCUUCUCCGCAAUUAUGGAGACCAGCCCCUCACCUUCUGUCGAAACCUAAAUGACAGCUCAGAGCAGGAGGCAUCAGUGUUACUAGUGCCAAGAUGCGGCUUAGUCCAACCCGGGACUCAUCAAAUUCUCACUGUCAUAACAACUCCCAAAGAAGACACCCCUUUAGAGGGAAUUAAAUUGCGACUACAGUUUAAUGCAACCCAACACACAAAGGAGAUAACUGUUUUCAGCGUGUUGGAAAAGAUUGGCAUGUCCCUGGAAGGUGGAGGAACUUUGUAUUUCCAAGAUACAUCUGUAGGCUCACAUGCUGAACGGACACACCUCAUCAGGAACAUCUGUCGCAUGCCGCUAUGCUUCCAAUGGACCAUUCCAGAGUCAGACCAGGAUUUUAUCUCUGUUCAACCAGAUACCGGUCAACUAGAGUCUAAUGAGAGCUUGUUGCAGACUUGGUCUUUCAGUCCAAUGGAAGAGAAAACAUACAUCAUUGAACCUUUGGUCUCUGUUUGGCCAGUCAAGAAUCUUGAAUGUGAAAAGACAGUUAUUCCCCUCAAAGUUGUGGGGACAGGCUCCAAGGGCUUCAUACAGGCUGUUAGAGAAUUUGUGGAUAUGGAGGACACUUUGGUUGGGUGUUCCCAGUCAGUUGUUGUUUCUCUUGUGAACAACAGUACUUGCUCAGUCUCCUUCACUCUUUCUGUUGAGCAGACACUACAAGAUGAGCAAACUCAUCAGGAUCCAGAAACUGAGACAUGUAUGCAGACAGCUCUGCAGCUUGACUGUCAAAGCGAAACUAUGGCCUCACAGUCCACAAGGCUCCUCCGUGCCACAUUUAGGCCGGAUAGACAAGCCCAGUACCAGUGGACCAUCAGCUACAUCACACUGAGCCCCAAUGGUGUGCCGUUGUCCUCUCCCCAACCACUGUGUGAAAUGCGUGCUAAGGGUGUGUUCCCCACCCUACAAGUGACCGAUGCGUGCAGUCGCGGCACUGUAGCGUGGCUCAACAAGGCAUAUGUGUGGAAACUAUUCUCAGUAGACAGCUUCAAUGAGCAGCUACUCUCCAUCCCCUCCCCUGUGGAACACACUUACACAAAUCCAGAAAGGCACAGUAUGCGCACCUACCCCACCAUUCUAAUCAAAGCCAUGUUGGAUUUUAACUUCAGUUCAGCUCCCCUGAACUCAGAACCUUCUACUUUUGUGUUGGUGUUUCACAAUCCUGGCUGCAUCCCUGUAGAGUGGACAUUCUUGUUUCCAGACGACCAACAGGUAGACUUUAAGCAGUGGACCCAGGCACAAGAGUUAUGUCACAAUGAGCUUCACCAGAUGGAGGUUGUGGAACUUUUCAACAUUUCUCCACUUUCAGGAAUGUUGCUUUCUGGCCAGCAGAGGGCAGUACAGUUCAGCUACAGUCACGUCUUGGUUGGAACACAUCAGUUACCAAUCGUUUUAAAAAUCUCACACGGCAGAGAGAUCUUGUUACACUUUCAAGGAGUGACAUUGGAGCAGGAAAGACCAUUUCUCUACUUUCUAACCAGGCAUCAUGUUUUCACUCCUGUAAUGAUCGGGGAUCUAACGUCUCCAGUACAGAUGUAUGCCCUUUACAACGGUGGUGGUAUUCCUGUCCAUUAUGAAGUGGAUGCAGGUGUGUUGUCACAGCUACAAGAGAACAAUUUUAAUCAACCGCUGCUGAGUUGCCUCAACCCAGUGGGAGAAAUUCUACCUGGGAAGACAGCAUCGCUGGAAUUCAUUUUCUCUCCAUUGGAGGCCAAGAUGCACAGUAUGGAUAUUCCUAUUCACAUCCAAGAUGGAGACACUACACUAUUACGGUUUGACUGUUGUGGCCUCGGUCCUCAAACAGUGCUCUCAAGCAGCGAUACCAAAUCAUCUAUACCCUGUGUCCGAAGAAUACCACUACCAGGACUGGGUGCAUUCCUGUCUCAGGACAGUGUCUCUAUAGGCAACAUGCCAGUUGGCACACAAUCCUCAAGAGUCAUCUUCUUAAUGAACACGUCCCUGAAAGAAACCCUCUAUAAAUGGAACUUAACCAAGGUUGUACAUAUCUAUCCUGAACAAGGACUUCUAUAUCCAGGGGAGAGCAUCUUUUGUGUUCUGACCUUCAAGGCAACAGACUACCCCACUGUUUAUCAGCUCGAUAUCACCUGUCAGUUGACGCAGAAAGCAGCUUUGGAUCAAUAUUAUGAUGCUCUGCAGCGUUGGGAGCAAGAACGAAAGAAGCAGCAGAAUGAAUUCACAAUAACAGACAGAGACCUCCCUGCAUCUGCCACUGCUGUUCCAACAAAAGGGCCGUCACUGUGCAAGUACAAGAUUCUGCCGCCUAUUAAUUCCAAGUCAGCACGAGCAGAGCAGCGUGUGCAGUCUGAUCAUGUAAAAGUUGGGGCACGCCCUGUACCACCUCAAAAUACUCUGCUGCAUCUGUGUGUGACAGCACGCUCCUAUCGGUUUCAGGAAUUUAUCAGAAAUUUCCCCGACCAGUUUAAUAGUCACUAUAGGUGCUUCCUCUCUAUCAAGCCUCCUUGUCCUAAAACCAUGUUGUGUGAUACACACCUUGAUUGGCCCCCUGCAGAGACGCCUACUCCUGAGCGAACCUUCCUCGAGCAUGUUAUCACUUCUCUACUCAGGACCAUACUGUAUGAUGAAGAAUUUGCUCAGUCUCUGCUUUCUUUGGCAUCUAUACCUUUUACAUACAACGCCCGAGCAAGCUCCUCCGUACCUCUGCCAACACCCGAACCUCAAAAUGGGCAGGAAGAGACAAAAGCUUUGUUAGAUAUAUUGGACAGCCAAGUGGACAGCAAGAGGAGCGCAGGAUGUUUAGGGACCGGGCUGGAAAUGAAACCAGACAUUGAACUUGUACCUGCUGAUGUGUGCAAUGACAUAUUGCUCAACACACUCCAGAAUCUCAUGAUGGAGGCUGUGAGAGGAGAUUUUAACCUUACAGAGAAUUCUUGGACUGAUAGCUCAUCAUAUGCCUCCCCCGGAACUCGGAGGUAUUCCAAUGACAAAGUCCAGGACGACAGAGAGACAAUCCAAGACGAACAAACUCAACAUGACCAACAAGCCUCACCAUCUGGCUGACAUCACAGAUGAUUAAGUACAGUUUGAAAGAGCCCCCAACACUGCUUAAAAAUAAUGUUCUUGAGAACCCAAUACAGUGGCAGCUAAAAUUAGUAACUUUAAUAAUUCUUGAACAUGAUUGGUAAAUCAAAAAGUUCAUAUAGUGAGGCAGAGUACCCCUUAAAGAUCUACUAAAACCCACUACUACCGACCACGCAGUCUGAUAGUUUAUAUAUCAAUGAUGACAUUUUAACAUUGCAACACAUGCCAAUACGGCCUUUUUAAUUUACUAAAUUGCAAUUUUAAAUUUCGCGCAAAGUAUCCUGUUGAAAACGUUGCGGUAUGAUGACGCGUAUGAUGGCGCGUGAUGUCACGGAUUAUAGCGGACAUGUUGUUCCAGACCCGAUCCCAGGUAUAAGUCGUCUGCUUUAAUCGCAUAAUUACACAGAAUUCUGGACAUCUGUGUUGCUGAAUCUUUUGCAAUUUGUUUGAUUAAUAAUGGAGACGUCAAAGAAGAAACAUGUAGGUGGGAAGCGGUGUAUUGCGGCUGCCUUUAGCAACACAAACACAGCCGGUGUUUCCUUGUUUACAUUCCCUAAAGAUGACGGUGAAGCUUUACUAUGGAACAUAGCGAUCAAGCGAACAUGGUUCUCUACCACAUGUCAAACGGCAGGUUUUGGUGAGAAAAUUGUGGUAAUAAGUCGGCUCUUACCGUAUACAUGAGCGGAUAGCUUGCGUCGUUCCUACACCUGUCAAAGAGGCAGCUGUGGACUCUCUUGCCUUCUCCGACCGGCCGCCCCCGAACGUGGGAUGCUUCCACCGUGGAGGAGGGGGAAAAAAAGCUCAGACCGACCCCAACGGCUGCCUUCGCUUCGCCUCGUCGAGAAACGUGGCUUCCCUCAGAGACACUGGUGGUCACCCCACCCGUGGCCACACCCUUUCGAAUUUU